ACAAUCGUUUAUCUAAGCUUUGUCAACUUGUUAAAUUUAGUACAAAUUCAUGCUAUUUUGGUGUCUCUUGCUUUUUCAGAUUUCCGUGAACCAGACUCCCUGCAUCCCUCAAGGGUCAAAUCAGGAGGGUAUUUAACAUUCGUCACAACACCAUUUGAGCAAUUCACUCAACGAACUCAGAAGAAAAUCUCCCAAAACACAUAAGAACCCAUCCGUAACCCCUGAACAAAUCUGGAGCGACUUGAAACAGCCAAAUCCUAAAAACCGCAGAAAACUAUUUUUUACCGAAAUCCAAGAUUGAGAAAUUUGCCUAUACUGAGAAAUUAUUCCUUCUAUCGAUCCAAGUCUACACAGUAUGUCGUCCUAUAUGAAAUCCAAGAAAAAUGAUUUACCAAAAAGCAAAUCAGACGAAGGUUCUCUUUGUGACGACGCAAAUAAAAUAUCCCAAUCCGAAUAUGAAGCCAUGAACGAAGCAGACCCUUUGAUGACACCUGGAACGGGGGUAACCGUGAGAAAAUCGGAUCUCCAAGAAAUUGAAACUGAGGGUGUUUUGAUUAGCGACCACGUCAUUGAUGGCUACUUAGCUAUGCGUUUGAAGCAGCUCGAUUUUUACAACGUUAAAUACUUGCCAAUAACAUUUAUGGUCCCAUCGCUAAUUCAAAAUGUUCCCCAAAUUAACGAAGUUGAUGAGUCUGGUGCUGUCAUCUACCAAGUCAAUCAACAAAUGAUGAACAAUGCAAUAAGCCCAGAUCUGGAAUUCCUUCUUAUAACCGUGUUUCGCGGCAUGCACUACUUCCUAGUCAAACUGGACUUAAAAAGCAAUGAAGUUCACGUGUUCGACAGUAUUCCAAUAUCUCAAGAGCGUCUUCUAUCAGUAGAGAAUACAAUUCGUGAAAUUCUUCUGUCCGUCGAACAAGAAGUUGGAAAAAGACAUUGGAAAAUGUGCAUUAUUCAAAAUACCCCUGCUCAAACAAAUAGUACGGAUUGCGGCCUGUACGUCCUAUACAACUUUGAAGCAAUCCUAUGCCGAACACAGGAAUUUACACCCACAUUGACCUACGAUGACCUUAAGGUUUUUCGAAUAAAAGUAGUCAGCCACUUCGAAUACUAUAGGGAGGUUCAUGUGAAUGCGAAGAAUAUUGCAGAUCCAACAAAUUCUCCCUCCCUAGCUCAACCAAUUGAAGUCCUUGAAGUUUGGCGGACUGUGGAUAAGAGGGAAGAUACGAAGAAGAUUACAUUAUCCACCAAGUUUGAAAAUAUCGAAGUCCAACCAGCAAUAUUAACCUCAAGCCCCCACAGGUCCGGCUCCACAUCAAAUACGUCCACUGAAUCUGAAAAAUUAAUGAAAUCUGGCCCAGAUUUUGACCAAUCCUUGUCGCCAUCCUUUGACGACAGCGGGGAAACCGUGGUAACAUCGCCAAACUCACCUCCGUCUUCCAAAAUCAAUGCUAGCUUGUCUACACUAGCGAAAUUAACUCCAAUAUCUGGUACAUCUGGAAAAUUAUUCACGUCUUCAUAUCCCCUAUUUUUCACCGCCGAUGAUUUGCAAUGCCUCAAUUAUUCAGACCCACUUUAUCCCAACAUUGUGGAGGCAUACCUUUACUCAACCCUUCAUGAUGCAGAAGGAUUGAGACUUUAUACCCUACUUACAUCGCAAUUUGUCCAGGCGAAUUACACCAUGAAUAACGGACGAUAUGUCACCGAUUCUGCAGGGAAUCCAUAUUUCAAAAUAGAAGUAAAUACUUCAGAAAUUGCUAAUAUUAGCACACGUUAUUUCGUGUCCCCUUUUAUCACUAAUGAAGAAUAUGCACUGAUUUACGGAGAUACGGAAACGCAAUUUAUCUACAUCUUUAACCCCAUGGGAAUUACUCGAACACGUCGUUCAAUCUUAUUGGAUGUGGCAAGGAAAUUAGUUUUAUGCUUCAAAGGAAAAGGCACCACCUGGUCCUAUAAGACAAAUCAAUGCAUUAACUUAUCUGGUUCAUCGGAUUCGGGAAUUCUAAUCCUUCAACAAUUCGAAAGGCUACUUUUUGGCACGUCUUACGACUUCAUUCCAUUUUCUAAUAUGAGAAUUAAAAUCAUGGAUAGGUUACCUUCACUACCAAGCGGGCAAGAUGCUCUUAAUUACGAUGAAGAUCAUCAAACAGAUUCGGCUUGCCCUGAUGAGAAACGGAGCGUAGAUGGAUCUGUUCCUUAUGAAACGAUUUCUAGCGUUUCGGAUAACACAAGACAAUCUAUGGGAAAUGAGCCGUUGGUAUUCCAUCACACGAGCCCAGUACGGAAUGUACUAAAACUAUCAUCGAAUAAGUCAAAGCCACCCGUGGAUGAUGCGGAGACAAAUAGAGAGAAUGAUUUGGUUUCAGCGGAUCGUCAAGGCCAAAGGAUGCGACGACUUAUCAACAAAGCAUCGGAAAGAAAAUUCGAGCUAUCCGACUUUACCGACACUGCGAAGCUUAAAAGUCUCGAAAUUGGUGAUGGGCAUCGAAAAGACCUUCUGGCCUUGAUAAGAAAAAUUGGCUGCUCGAAUCUAAACAUUUCGACACGAGAAGCACUCAAGGAGCAAUAUUCGCCUGAAUUGUCGCACAAAAUUUUUGGAGUUUUGUCCCAUUACAAAUGUAUUCAGAAGUACGGGAAAUCUUUACUCCUAAAAAAUACAAAGCUACACGUGGAGUCAUGUACAAUGUUGGAACCAUUCGUGGGAUCGCCAAGUUCAUCGCAUACGGACUCUCAAAUUUAUACUGGCUCAACAAUGACAUGGGAGCCCUCAGUUGAUAAUAUCAAUAAUUCAACGACGAGCCCAAUCAGUCCAGAACUCGUAUUGCCAAAUACUUCAGAAUUUGAAAUAUCAACGCCAAAAAUGAAACUUAGGGAACGUCCAAGAAGGAAAAUCAUUUUCACGCCGACAACUAAUAAUCCCUUGAAAAAAAGUUUUAGGACACCUGAGACGCGUUACAAAUUUUGUAUUUGUAAAGAACAUCGGGGUGGGCCAAUGAUAAAGUGUAGCGCCAUUCCUAGAUGCACAAAUGGACUUUGGUUUCAUUACGAAGUACCUGAUAGCCCGCGGCCAGAAUGUGUGAACGUGUGUGACGAAGAUAGACUGAGUGGAACAAAAUGGUUUUGUCCAAGUUGCAUUAGUAAUGGUAUCAAUUCAAUUCCAAGUUUCAAGAAAGAGACAUCAGUUCCUGGUGGUUUAAUCAUAAAAGAUAUUGAAUUGGCCAACGAUAUAAUCCAGGAUAACAGUGAUUUUCCGAUGCGCACAGUCGAUGAAAACGAAGGUAUCAAUUCAAUUCCGAGUUUCAAGGAAGAGACAUCGCUUCCUAGGGGUUUAAUCAUGAAAGAUAUUGAAUUGCCCGACGACAUAAUCCAGGAUAGCAGUGAUAUUCCGAUGCACACAGGCGACGAAAACGAAGAUAUAACCGAGGAUGAAUCCCACACUCGUGAUCAGUUUGACCAGGUCGCUGAAGAUGCUCCUCUUUUAACAAAUGGAUCUGAAGUGUUCACCAUCGAUGAUGUCAUCGAAAUUGAAGGCCUACCCCCGCAAAUAAAAAACUAUCAGAGACCGGAUUCAAUUACCAUUCGAAUUCCGUACAAAGAUUUUGCGGAUAUAUGGGAUUUCGAACUAUUACGACCAAUACCGCAAUCCAACUGGGCUACACUAAUCGACCAACAACUUGCGAACAUGGAUUUCCCAUGCUCUUUCCACGUACAAGACUCAAAACCCACCAGCCCAAAAAUGCAACAAACGCAAGGGGUUAUACGGAAAGUGAAGGGGUAUUGCAGAUAUGCACGGAGACACUCAGCCGACCAGAGUUUAUGUCAAACCAAAUUUAGUUGUAAAAUUAUUAACCACCUUGGCUUACAUGAAGAAAGCAGGGGUGAUUUAGCGUCAGAGGACGUCAGCAUAGAAUGCGAGCUAAGCGGUAAUUUUGUACUUUUUCAAACCAGCUUAGCAAUACUUGAAGAAAGUUUGGACACAUACAUUAACAGGAAGUACGAUUUGCUCAUUGGGAAAAAAGUACGGGACAAACCGACCAUACUCUUCAUUUGCUCAGGCCAUUUUAUGCAUGCAAAUUCAAAAUAUUGCCCAUCAUCGCCUUGCAAUUUCCCCGCGCUACACGCUUUUGCUCUAUUAAUCGAAUCAAGAACCCAGCAAGAAAUUCAAACCCUCGUCGAGAUUGUCACCCAACUGUUUGGAAAUCGCAAUUUAAAUGAAUAUCUUGUCGACGACUACAGUAAAUUUCUAACAGAAGGACAGCCACUAUCUGAGAGUGUUGAAGAGAGCCUAGCAGAGAAGAUGGAUGACGAUUUCCACGGGGUUGAGACGGCGGAGAAUCCAAAAUUACAAAGAGAAAAGUCAAAGUUUUUUAUCUAUUUUAAGCAAGCUGUCGAUAAAAUGAUGACCCAAGAAGAAGUAUUUGACGAUUUGAUGCCGCCGACUAAUAAAUACUUCAACACAAAAUGCCUCGAUACUUUUCAACGUUGGUUCACAUAUUUACCCUUGUGGAGCAAAAUAAGAUUCGUUGGAAACCAUAACACCCCCGAUGAUACCAUCACAACAGGAUUAGUAGAGAAGUCCUUUGACAAUUUUAAAAAUAACUUUCAUACAAAGAAAAUGUUCGAACCCGAUCUCAUUUUGGAGCACGCUGCAUAUGCCACUGGUCUGGUUACUGAAGCACUUUGGCGGGGAAGAGCAAGACGGGUGCCAAAACGAAAGAGAAGUCCCGAAGCAGAAAACAGUGGCAACAAAAAACCAAAGACGAAAGCGGGGACAAGAGGUUUUGUUGGAAGUCCAGCAUUUGCAACCGCGAGAUGGGGUAAAAGGACGGGUAGAAAAUCAACGAAGUAUGUCCCUAAGAUUAAGGCAAUGAAGAAGGGCAAGACCUUGAGAGGAAUUUCAUUACCAGAAAUCAAGUUUGAUGCUGCGCAGGAGGAUUGUUCGACUAGUAGCGAGAUUAACAUAUCAGGUCCCGCCGAAAUUCCAGCUAGAAUUCAAACCUUUACAAUCGAUGAUGAUAGCGUUUUCGAGCGGUACUUAGGUGAAACUCAUAGCGAAAUGAAGCUCGACUCUAAUGACUGGGCCAUAUCGACGAAAAAACGUUUGGAAUUAUUCAAAACCCCUUUAUACUCAAUAGGAGACGAGGAAGAAUUGCUUUGUCUAAAUCCAGGGGCCUUGGUUAAUGAUGCCGUUGCCAACGCUAUUGCAACUCAUAUUUUCGAAAACUCCAACUAUGCAAAUGACCGAAAAUUCCAAUUAAUUUUAAGUAAUUUCAUAGAGCAUACGCGUAAAGGAAAAUUUGUAGCGCGGAUGAGCAGACUUCCCGACGAAUCUUUAUUCGACAAGGAAAAUGGCACACUUUAUAUGCUCGGAUUUACCAACUCUCCCAAGCACUGUUUCUUAAAUUCAAUCAACUUCAAAACACAAACAGUUUUGAUGUAUGACUCACUCCCAGGCGCGAUCGAUAAGAUCCAUUUUGGACAUUAGAAUCGUGCACUUGCCCGACUCAACUUCCCAAGAGUAAUGAUUGUGCGAUCAUGGCAUUAGGUUUUCUAAAAGUACUGGUAACUGCUAAGGCCGAAUUAACCGAAGUUAAUCAAGAUAGGUGUCUAGAUUA